AUGUCUUGGGAAGGGUUCAAGAAAGCCAUUAACAGAGCAGGCGCAUCCGUCACCGUCAAGGACGUGGACAAGACCAUCGACAAGGAUUUCGAUGUGGAAGAAAGAAGAUACAAGACGUUGAAGACCGCUGGUGUCAACCUCCAGAAGUCAGCCAGAGGAUACUUGGACUCGUUGAGAUCGGUGACUGCGUCGCAGGUGACGAUUGCCGAGAUCGUGGGCAACUUGUAUGAGGAAGCCAAGCAGGGCCAGUCGAUAUACUCCAACGUGGGAAACGUGUACACCCAGUGUGUGAGGGAGUUUGAUGAGGAAACGGUGAAACAGAUGGACGGACCGUUCCGAGAGACCAUUCUCGACCCCAUCACCAAGUUCGCAGGGUACUUCAACGAGAUCGACGACGCCAUCAAGAAGCGGGCCCACAAGAAGGUGGACUACGACCUGUGCAAAGCCAAGGUGAGAAAGAUGAUCGACAAGCCUGCCAAAGACGCAGGCAAGUUGCCUCGUGCCGAGAAGGAGUUGGCCAUGGCUAAGGACAUCUACGACGAGUUGAACACCCAGUUGAAGGAGGAGUUGCCCCAGUUGAUUGCGUUGAGAGUGCCCUUCUACGACCCCUCGUUUGAGAGUUUGGUCAAGAUCCAGUUGCGGUUCUGUACCGAGGGCUACUCCCGGCUUGCGCAGGUCCAGCAGUACUUGGACCAGGCCUCGCGAGACGAGUAUGCUAACGGGUUGUUGGACGGGAAGAUCGACCAGUUGCUUGCGCAGAUGGGUACGUUGAGCAUAGCAUCUUUGGCCAAGUGA